AUGCCACUGCACAUCGUCCCUCAGGCCGUAGGAGCGACCAUAUAUCAAUCCUCAGCACCAGCAGCAAAACCUGCACCACCGAGUUUCGCACUCCAGCCCUUCCUUCCCCAAUGGCAUCACAACCCCAUCCCUUUCCCACCCCCAAAAUCCUUAAACCCACAAACCUCUCCUUCUUUCCUUCCCCCCCCCCCCCCACAUCUCUCACCUACAGCAAUCACAGCAAUCAGCACACUCGCUACAACACCCCAGCGCCUCGCUGCAACACCGCCCAAUGAUGGAAAAGCACGCCGCCCACGCCUCGAUACACCAGGGCCCCGCAAGCGUACAAUCACAGUUCCGUAUGCAGCGCGAACAGCAAUCUUCCUGGCGGCUUGA